GUCUGCUGCAUUCCUUAGAUACAGCUCUUAUCCUAGUUGCUUACCCCCUCUAGCUUACCACUAAGUCUUCUAUAUUAGACCCUUUCAAUUCGUCAAAAUGCAACCCAGCGACAACAUGAUCCACCCCGAAGGCCCAGUAAUCAUCUCCAUCCCGAAGAAUGCAAAAGUCCACAUCGUCGGCGAGGCAAAUGCAGACUUCCGCCAAAGGGUCACCGUCGAGGAGAUUGGCAAAGGCAAGUACAUCUUCGAAGGCAGCGGUGAAGGCAAGGCCAUGACACUUGCGGGAGGAAAGGAGAGCGUCGACCUUGAGGCUAUCGAGGACCCUGGAUUUCGCACAUGGAGAUUCGACUUCGAGAACUCGAUCUCUGGUGCAGAGAACUCCUUUAGAACGUCAAAGGUGCUGCGUCCGGUCUACAACACCGUUUACGAUGCCGACUACAAAGUUCAAAAAAUGGAGUGGAAGAUUGCGAGCGAAGAUAACAUUGAUGAUGAUUACAACGACGCGAUCAUCACUGUCAGCGCCGACAUUUAAGUGUCUUUCGAUUUGGACUCGGUGAGGCUUUGAGGAAAUACCGGUUGAGCUCUAGCGUCGUGGACUUGCCCUGUAUUUAGCAUUCGCUCAUCCAGGUGAGCCUUCCUACAUAUAGUUUACCUGGUUGAAAACGCUCCAAAGAGAAUGCGUCUGUGGAUAUGAUGUGACGUCAAAUAGAUACUCAAUUAUCAAUCAUGAAUAUUCAAUAUCCC